AGUCAACUUUCAUUAGUGUUGUUAAUGUAAUAACUAAUUUAUUUUUUCCUAAUUCCUAAUUUAUAGAAUAUAUGAGCAAUCUACUCCUGAAAACUCCAUUUCAAAAGUUACUAAAGAGUAGUUUCUAAGGAUUGCAGUAAACCAUAAUGGGAAUGGUCGGUUUCACGGUAGCACUGAUGGUGAUAGUGGUGAUAAUCUCUCCUUGUGUCCAUGGAAAUGAGUUCUCCGAUCACAAGGAAAUCGAGGUAGAAAGACUUUUGAAGAGGCUCAACAAGCAUGCUCUUAUAUCCAUUAAGAGCGAAGAUGGAGAUAUAAUAGAUUGUGUUCCAAUACAUAGUCAACUAGCUUUUGAUCAUCCUUUGCUUAAAAACCACAACAUCCAGAUGAGACCGAACAUUAUACGGGAAAGUACGUCUACGUACACCAAGAAUUAUAUAAAUGUUACUCAGGCGUGGCACAAGAAGGGAAUAUGCCCAGAAAACACAGUCUCGAUAAGAAGAAUAAAGAAAGAAGAUAUCUUACGAUCAAAUUUCAUUGAGAAUUUUGGGAAAAAGAUGACUCCAGGCAUCCUUUUAUAUGGUUCAAGUAGUGUUCACGAGUACGCGGUCAUGAAUUGCAAGAAAGGAAAGUAUUUUGGGACAAAGUUUGCAGUGAAUAUCUGGAAACCAAAAGUUCAAGUUCCCAACGAGUUCAGCUUGGCUCAGACUUGGCUCUCGUCUGGAGUUGGCACUAAUCUUAACACGAUUGAAGCUGGUUUUCAGGUUCUUCCGUCAUUAUAUGGUGAUAAUAAUCUAAGAUUAUUUGUUUACUGGACGGCCGACAACUAUCAAAAGACAGGGUGCUACAACACAAACUGCCCAGGUUUCGUUCAGACGAGCAAUCGCAUCACUGUAGGUGGAACCUUCAAAAGCGUCUCAAAAUACGACGGUAUUCAAAUCGCGGUCCUCGUAAUGAUAUGGAAGGACGGCGAUUACUGGUGGCUACAGAUUAACAAAGAGCUUGUCGGCUACUGGCCUGCUAAGUUAUUCAGUUCUCUAGGUAAGGGAGCUACGGAAGUUCUAUGGGGAGGUGAAAUCGUUAACGAGAAGACCGGUGGGAAACACACGAGCACGGACAUGGGAAGUGGACAUUUUGCAGAUGAAGGUCAUAGAAAAGCGAGCUAUUUCAGGAAUAUUAUGACGGUUGAUAAAACCAAUACUCUGAGAGAACCACAAGGAGUUUACCCCACGGUUACGAAUGAUAACUGUUACAACAUUAAGGAAGGACGUAAUGGAACUUCCUGGGGGUUUAAUUUCUUCUAUGGUGGUCCUGGCCUGAACGCCAAAUGCCCUUGAUUUUUUUUUGGGUAAAAUAGAUGCCCUUGAGUAUUUUGCAUAUUUAUUUGUAUUUGAAUAUGAGCGUGUGAGUAUGAACAAAACCACGUCGUUAAAGUUUAUAUUAUCUGUGUCCUUGAAUAAUAUGUGUAAAAGCUUUUUUGGUUGUCCAAAAAAAAAAGAAGCUUUUUCGAAUUUCACAUGUCUGUAAUCUAUACUAUUAUUUGCGAAGUAAAUUUUACCGAUGGAGUUCUCACGUUAAAAGUUAGAGAGAUUAAUAUCUAUACUACCCUUAAUGAAUUUUAUAUAUAAUUUAUUAUAUAAUCAAAAAC